UAGCACCGCCAUCAAGUCGAGAUACUGCAAUUCCACACGAUAAGAGCAGUUAUCCUUGUUCAACGCGUAUCAAUCUUUCAGCAAUGCAAUACGAGCUACAAUGAGUACCUAUAGUACACAACACUCCUGGGAACAUGACUAGUACAGAACCAAACAGAAGAAAAACAUGGCUGCUACGCAAGAAAUCCCCGAGAUCCUCCUCCUCUGCAUGGACAAGGCGUUCAUCAGCGCCUUCAACGACGCGCUGGCCACGCACUGGCCCCGCCCGGCGAUAAGCAUCACCGCGAUCAACGACCGGCUCAACUCGCUUGACCCCGCCACGACCUUCGACCUGAUCGUCUCCCCCGCCAACUCGUACGGCCGACUGGACGGUGCCUUCGACCAUGCGAUCAGCAUGGCUUUUUCCCCGCGAGAGGAUUACCACGCCCUCACGCGCGCCGUGCAGCGAGUCCUCUACGAGAGAUGGCGCGGGUUCGCCCCGCCAGGCACCUGUACACUUGUCCCGUUUCCGGCGGAACUGACGGUUCAAAAUAACGUCAAGAACACCCGCGCCUGUAACUGGGUGGCGAUCUGUCCGACGAUGCGGGAACCGCAUAGUGUCGUCUGGGACCGGGAGGUGGUGUACGAGUGUGUGUGGAGUCUGCUGUGUGAGGUUGAGGGCUGGAACAGACGGAAUGAAAGUACGAAGAAGAUCCGGCGGAUCCUUAUGACACCCCUGGCGACUGGGAUCGGAAAGGUGAGCAAGGAGAGAUGGGCGGCACAGGUGGUUCUGGCUAUGAAGCAUUUUGUUGACGCGUUGGAGAAGCCGGAGAGAUGGGGGAAUCUCCAGUGGGAUGAUAUCGAGAGCGACGCUAAAGAGGUUGAGUCGACGUGGGAGUUAGUCUAAAGGGAA